AUGUCUUGCCAAAACCAAGAUAAUAUGCAACAUGACCUCGGUCACAUGGAUAUAGAGUGUAGUCAUUGCAGCACACUCCAUUGGUUAGAUGAAUGCUUAACAAAUUCUUUAAGAAAAAAUCUAAAAUUUGGAUCAUGUUGUCUAAAUGGAAAAGUUGUCCUUCCCCUCCUUCAUGAUCCUCCACCUUUUUUACGAAUGCUCUUUGAUGGUGAAGUUGACACUUGUCCAGAAUUUCGCAAGAACAUUUGCCAAUAUAAUGUAGCACAUGCAUUUACAUCAUUAGGUGCAAAAAUUGAUGCACAUGAAAUUCUCCUCCAAGCCUAUGAAGACGGUAUUGAUGAAGAUGUAGCAAUCUAUCUCCACCACACAAACACGACAGAUAAGCAUCACUAUAAUCUCCCUAUGAUAAACGAGAUAGCUGUUAUUCUACUAGGCAAUGGAUCAGUAUCAGAGGCAAUGCGUGAUAUUAUCAUUCGAUUGCGUGGAGGUUCAUUUGAACAUAUUCAUAAAGGGUAUCCAGCAUAUUUGCCACUGCAUUAUGUGCUUCUUUUCUCACAUGGUGAGCUUGGAUGGCAUAAAGGAUUGUGUCAUGUGUUGACAGAUACUGAGGAACAGCAACUUGAUAAUCAGAACAAGCAUUCUCAUCUUACACAAAUGAACUUCUAUUCUUUUCAUAUCCUCUCACGCAAUACUGAAUUCUCAACGAUCCUUCAGGUGGAAAGUUACUCCAUGAGUUUAUGGUUGAUGCAUGGGCAGCAACAGAGCAAAAUCGGAGAAAUCUUUUACCUUCGGCUCCUUCUCAUUGUUAUUCGUGGCCCACAAUCGUUUAAUCACUUAAAAACGGUCAAUAAUAUUACCCACCCAACAUUUAAAGAUGCAUGUCUAGCCCUGGGUUUAUUAGAGGAUGAUGAAGAAUGGAUCCAGUGUCUAGAAGAAGCUGCAGUCAUAUAUAGUGGCUUUCAACUGAGGUUACUUUUUGCUGUUAUACUUAUACAUUGCACUCCAACUCAACCUCAAGAUUUAGGGUUAUGCUUUCGUGUUAAUCUCUGUAAUGAUCUCCUUUAUCGUCUAAGUAAUGAACAUGCUAUUCGUGAACCUACUGAGAGUCAGAUAUUUGAUUUUAGACUUUCUCUCCUUGACAACAUCCUGCAUGAUUUUAACUAA